GGAAAGCUGUCAUUUUCACCUGAGAGGGCAAUAGAACACACAGCACAAGGAGUGGAGGAGAGCAGGAAAGGAGAGCAGGAAGAACUUUGUCUGUGGGGUUGCUCUUCUCAUUGCCUUCAGUUGACCUCAAGGCUUUGUGGAGCUGGACUAUGGGACACGGUUAGCUACAGUAUAUGGCCUCUGGCUGAAGCUCUAAGGACUUUAUGGGUGUUUGAGGCUCAGGCCUACUGUGGAUGUCUGGGUACUGAGCCCCUGAGUCAUUGUCUAUGAAUACACUGGCUGUCUGUACUGUAGUGAGUGGGUCCAAGCCAGCUAACCUCAAGGAGGAAGAUGUGGGAGAUGCGCACAGACACAAACAUAUGUCCUACAGAACAUGAAUGAAAAAGGACACUUUUUGAUGCUUCUGAGUGUGAAGUAACACACAGGUUACACUACAGAGAGUUCUGGACUUACUCUCCCUUUCUCUCCCUUUCUCUCUCUCUCUCUCUCUCUCUCUCUCUCUCUCUCUCUCUCUCUCUCUCUCUCUCUCUCUCUCUCUCUCUCUCUCUCUCUCUCUCACACACUCACACACCCUAACACACACCCCCUGAGACAUGGAUACUAUGGUGAAGCAGUCUCUGGUGGUGCCCAUGAAGAAGCUGUCCAGCUGUGUGACAGGAGUGAAGGAGAGAGAGGUGUGGGCCAGGCGCAGGGCCAAGAGGGGGACAGGAGGAGUAAAGAGCAGCCCUCCACGGACGGGACAGACCUCCGUCACACGCUCCUACCAAACUGACCUGGAGAAGGAGAGUUGUGUUGAUUCCAGGAUGCUGAGGGAAGCCCUGAAUGCUCAGAAGCACGCAGAGAGAGCCGCCAUGAGGGAUCACUUCAGGAAGAAGUACCAGCUCUCCAAGAGUUCCAAGGACACCAGCCACCUGAGUGCUGCGCAAGGGAAAGUGGCACUCCCCCGUCAACUGGCUAAACUGAUUGGUCCUGAGACCCCGGCCAAGGACGAUGGCUACAGCCUGCUGAGCGCCUUCCAAGGCCUCAACUUCAACAUGGGGAUGCUUGGAGGCAAGCAGACCAAGUCGUCCACUCCAAUGUCAGUCAACGGAGAGGCCUGCAAAGUCAUGUGAUCAAAGAGAACAUACUAGAUACUACACAGAAUCAACCUGCAACAUGCUAAAAACAUGCAUUAUGCCUAAAUGAUGAAGAAUAACAUUUUAACACAACGUAGUAGCAGAUUGGUGGGAACACAUUGACAGACGACUUUGUCACAGUUGCUCCUCUAUCCCUUUAUCUCCUUAUCUGUCUUUAACUCUCUCAAUUCAAUUCAAGGGCUUUAUUGGCAUGGGAAACAUGUGUUAACAUUGCCAAAGCAAGUGAGGUAGAUAAUAUAUAAAGUGAAUAUAUAAAGUGAAAUAAACAAUAAAAAUGAACAGUAAACAUUACACAUACAGAAGUUUCAAAACAAUAAAGACAUUACAAAUGUCAUAUAUAUAUAUAUAUAUAUACAGUGUUUUAACAGUGUACAAAUACAUUAGCAUAAAACAAAUUAGCAUAAAUAUGGGUUGUAUUUACAAUGGUGUGUGUUCUUCACUGGUUGCCCUUUUCUCGUGGCAACAGGUCACAAAUCUUGCUGCUGUGAUGGCACACUGUUGUAUUUCACCCAGUAGAUAUGGGAGUUUAUCAAAAUUGGAUUUGUUUUCGAAUUCUUUGUGGAUCUGUGUAAUCUGAGGGAAAUAUGUCUCUCUAAUAUGGUCAUACAUUGAGCAGGAGGUUUCUCUCUCUCACUCCACCCCCCCUAUCUCUCUCACUCUCUCUCGCUGAGUUAUCUGCUGAUCAGACUGUUGACAAUAGAGCCAGGCUGUGAGGAUGACUCGUCAGGGGAAAUGACGUCAUCCCUGUGUCACUGAUAGUAGGACAUACAUUGUUACUAUUUGCAUAGAACUGGUCUGGACCAUACAGGAACUAACUGGAUGAAACUGGACUGUACCUGUUUCAGAUCAUUAGGCCCAUUUGGGGCCCACACACAGGGAAGUAACCCGAACAAGAUAAUAACCUUAAGUGUUGUUUUCACAUUUACUUCAGUUCUUAGUUCCCAAAUAUUUGUCUUGUUAAUCUUCGUUUUGUACAUAACCUUUGACUUUUGUGGCUUAUAUAAGUCAAACGCUGUCCUUAUUAUGUUGUUACAAAGAAACUGUUAAUAAAGACUAGUUUGGUACUGACGUA